ACUUGGUGACGAAAACAUCAGAGAGAGGAAGGAAGAUAAGCAUAAAUGAUGAGAGAGAGAGAGAGCUGCGUGGCUUAUUUUAUAGGUGAUGUGCUUUCUCUUCUUUUAAGCCUCAACCCAAAAUAAACCAAAAUAUUACAGGGGGACGCAUUCCUUCUUUUCUUUUCCACAUCUCUCUAUAAGAGAUAACAAGUAGUAGAAGAGCUUUCAGUUUCAGACUAUUAGCUUUAUUAAUCUCAAAGAUAUUUGUAUUUAGUCUGUGUCUGUGACCCUACUGGCCUACCCACAAUCACAAACACUAUCAAGAAGAUGAUGUUUCCCCACAUACACAGACAGCUCCGCUGUUUUGCCCACCUAUAGAUGCAUACUUGGUAGAUCUGUAGACGAAGGAGAGAGAGAGAGAGAGAGGGUUUUGUUUCUGUAAUGGAUAAAAGCUGUCAAUCCUCUGGUGAUUCUACCAUCACCAGUGGUAGCAGCAGCAGUAACACCACCGUUAGUAGCACCAGAGAUCAGUACCUCAAAAACCUCAAUAAGCUUUCCCAUAAGAUCUCCAAACCCAUCAUCACCAAGAAGCCGCUGCCACCACCUCCUUUUGAUAAUCACAACUUUAACAACAUUAAUUCUAAUGCCAAUAUUACAUCUCAACCGCAACAGCAACCGCAAUCGCAGCAGCAGCAGAAUCAGCAGGCACAGCAGCAGCAACAUCAACCACCGGUGUACAAUAUCAACAAGAAUGAUUUCAGAGACGUGGUCCAGAAACUCACCGGAUCCCCGGCUCAUGAGAGGUUCUCCACGCCUCCCCCUAUUCACCCACCCAAGCCUCCAAGCUCUCGCUUGCAGCGUAUACGCCCGCCUCCCCUGGCGCAGGUCGGCAACCGCCCGCCUCCCUUGAUAAACAGCGCCAUCCCUCCUCAUCAACUACCUCCUCCACCUCUUAACGCCUCCAUAAACCCUCCCAUGCCUACUGCUGCAGCGACCAACAAUUUCAUCCAACGCCCAUCAGCUCCUCUGUCACCGUUACCUCCGUUUCCGGCGGUCCACGCGGCGGCGGAGUCUCCGGUUUCUGCUUAUCUGCGAUACCUUCAGAACUCCAUAUCUGCCGUCGAUUCUAAUAGGCAAUUUUCGGGAUUCUCGCCGCUAGCGCCCCUGGUUUCUCCUCGUUGGAAUAAUCUACCUCAACAGCCACCUCUGCAACAGAACCCACAACCAUUCGAUCCGCUGCAGCCGGGGAUACUAUCGUCGCGGACAUCAGGUAUGAUAGCAUCACAGCCGCAGUUCCAGUUACCAACGUCACCGCUGCCGUUUGGGUGCUUGAACUCGCCACGAUCACCGUACCCUUUGCUUUCACCAGGUCUAUUGCUCUCACCAUCUUCGUUUCCGCUAUCACCGACAUUGCCAGUGCCUAGCCCAAGAUGGAGAGCUCUUUGAGAGUUUCAUCUUCUUCUUCUGGUAAGUGUUUUCUGUUUUACACAACGUUGUCGUUUAGGGUUAAGAUAGUUAGGGUAUCAAUGAAUUAUGUUUUGUACAUAGUUGGGGGCUAAUUGGAUUACCAUUGGUUGGAUUGGACAAGCGUCUGACACUGGUUAUUUAGAUGUUUGUUUUUCUGUAAAUGGAAAUUAAAACAUGUGAAACAGGAAAAUCCUAUAUUUGUUUUCCCCCUUUCUCUGUGUGUGCUUUUUUUUGGAUUUUUUGGGGCAGACGGUCACAAGUUAUUGAAUUGUAGUUGGACUAUGAUGCUGUUAUUUAGUAAAUUUUGACAUUUUAGAAUGUUUCUGUAGUCUCUAGUUCAUUUCUAUUUGUGUUUGUGUACUAAUUGAGCACAAUCAUGUAUUCUUUGGAGAAAUCUUGUUGGGUAAUUGAUAUGUUGAGCAGUGUGUAUGCCUUCAA